AUGGCUACCACCUUCGGCUGUGAGGUCUCCCCUUUCCCUCAAACCUACCUUGGUCUUCCUCUCUCCCCUUACAAACUCAAGCUCUGUGACUUCGCCCCCAUCAUAUCCAAGAGCGAUAUGCGCCUCUCUGGUUGGAGAGGCCGGUGCCUCCAUAUUGGUGGGUGGCUUAUCCUGGUUAACUUUGUUCUUACUGCCAUGCUUUCCCAUGCCAUGGCAGCUGUACUCCUUCCCGCUCCUGUCAUUGAAGCUAUUGAUAAACGGCGGCGUGCCUUCCUCUCGACCGGAGAGGAGACCUGCAACGGCGAGAAAACUCCAAACUGCAAGGGGGUUUUCAUAAAAAUCCCCCUUGUCUUCUACCUUCAGCUAGGCAGGCAGCUGCCUGGCCGCGCCCCAGUCGUCGAUCCCGGCGGGGAGAUUCUCGCCGCGCCGCCCUCCCCUGGGAGGAUAAGACCUCCACGCCGACCCCCUCCCCCUCAUCCCUAUCCUCUCCCUCUCCCUGGCUCCCAUCUCCUCUCUGCGCCACGCGCGCAGCAAACCCUAGCCGCGCAGACCUCGCCGGCGCCGCCGUCUCGCGCCUCCCCGCGCCCAGCCGAGCAGCCCAGGAGGUCCGCCGUGGAGUCCUCGUCCAUCCCCGCCAACCAGCGCAAGCCGAGGCUGCUCGAAUCGAGUGAAUCGAGCUCCGCCUCCAUCGCCGGCCACCGCCUCUCGCCGGCGAUACCGAGCUCCUCCGGCCUCUCCACCAAGCCCCUCGCGUCCGUGGUGAGCUCAAGAGAAAACUCCAAACUGCUAGGCAGGCAGCUGCCUGGCCGCGCCCCAGCCGUCGAUCCCGGCGGGGAGAUGCUCGCCGCGCCGCCCUCCCCUGGGAGGAUAAGACCUCCAUGCCGACCCCCUCCCCCUCAUCCCUAUCCUCUCCCUGGCUCCCCUCUCCUCUCUGCGCCACGCGCACAGCAAACCCUAGCCGCGCAGACCUCGCCGGCGCCGCCGUCUCGCGCCUCCCCGCGCCCAGCCGAGCAGCCCAGGAGGUCCGCCGUGGAGUCCUCGUCCAUCCCCGCCAACCAGCGCAAGCCGAGGCGGCUCGAAUCGAGUGAAUCGAGCUCCGCCUCCAUCGCCGGCCACCGCCUCUCGCCGGCGAUACCGAGCUCCUCCGGCCUCUCCACCAAGCCCCUCGCGUCCGUGGUGAGCUCAAGGUGCUAA